AGCCAGGCCUGGCCACCCAAAGGCAACUCAGGGGUGGAGACUGAGGCCUCAGGAGAAGCCCCCACUAGAAUCCUCUCUGCCCCUCCCUUCCAGAUUAACCAAAACCUGCUAAUUGUGGCAGCCCUCGGCAUGCUCCCCUCCCCCACAGCCUCUUCCUCCCUUCCCUCCCCUCCCCCUUCCAUCCGAAUGAUAAAGGCCCCAGCCCGCCUGCCCCAGCCCGGCCUCAGGUCCCGGCCCUGCCUUCUGCACUGCCCCACCGCCCUGCACCCUCCACCCGGCCAGGCCCCUGCCCACGCUGUCUACCGUCCCGCAUGGGGCCCUGCAGCGGCUCCCGCCUGGGGCCCCCAGAGGCAGAGUCGCCCUCCCAGCCCCCUAAGAGGAGGAAGAAGAGGUACCUGCGACAUGACAAGCCCCCCUACACCUACUUGGCCAUGAUCGCCUUGGUGAUUCAGGCCGCUCCCUCCCGCAGACUGAAGCUGGCCCAGAUCAUCCGUCAGGUCCAGGCCGUGUUCCCCUUCUUCAGGGAAGACUACGAGGGCUGGAAAGACUCCAUUCGCCACAACCUUUCCUCCAACCGAUGCUUCCGCAAGGUACCCAAGGACCCUGCAAAGCCCCAGGCCAAGGGCAACUUCUGGGCGGUCGACGUGAACCUGAUCCCAGCUGAGGCGCUACGGCUGCAGAACACCGCCCUGUGCCGGCGCUGGCAGAACGGAGGUGCGCGUGCAGCCUUCGCCAAGGACCUGGGCCCCUACGUGCUGCAUGGCCGGCCAUACCGCCCGCCCAGUCCCCCGCCACCACCCAGUGAGGGCUUCAGCAUCAAGUCCCUGCUAGGAGGGUCCGGGGAGGGGGCACCCUGGCCGGGGCUAGCUCCACAGAGCAGCCCAGUUCCUGCAGGCACAGGGAACAGUGGGGAGGAGGCGGUGCCCACCCCACCCCUUCCCUCUUCUGAGAGGCCUCUGUGGCCCCUCUGCCCCCUUUCUGGCCCCACGAGAGUGGAGGGGGAGACUGUGCAGGGGGGAGCCAUCGGGACCCCAACCCUCUCCCCAGAGCCUAGGGCCUGGCCUCUCCACUUACUGCAGGGCACCGCAGUUCCUGGGGGACAGUCCAGCGGGGGACACAGGGCCUCCCUCUGGGGGCAGCUGCCCACCUCCUACUUGCCUAUCUACACUCCCAAUGUGGUAAUGCCCUUGGCACCACCACCCACCUCCUGUCCCCGGUGUCCGUCAACCAGCCCUGCCUACUGGGGGGUGGCCCCUGAAACCCGAGGGCCCCCAGGGCUGCUCUGCGAUCUAGACGCCCUCUUCCAGGGGGUGCCACCCAACAAAAGCAUCUACGACGUUUGGGUCAGCCACCCUCGGGACCUGGCGGCCCCUGGCCCAGGCUGGCUGCUCUCCUGGUGCAGCCUGUGAGGCUCUUAAGACAGGGACCGCUCCUCCCUCCCGCUCCCACCCCCACCUUGUUGACAGGGAGCCAAGGCGAGGCGGCUGUCUGCGACCACAGCAACCUCGAAACACCAGGCAGCAGCCUUGCUGGGAGUCCACGGUGUUUAUUGGACCACCCCAUGCAUGGCCGUGGCCCAGCUGGGCACAACCCUCACCCUGGUCUGUCGUGCCUCUGUUUUUCCUACACUCAGAGGCAAGGCUGGAGGAGCAGGGCUGAGCCUGGAAUAGCCCUUCCUAGUUCCCUCUUCUCAGCCCACUACCCAUCCAUCAGUCACCAGCCGUCACCUCCCCUCCCGUGCUCCAGGCUGGGGGAGGGAGAGCCCAGUGGUGGAUCCAGCCUGAAAUCCUGCCCUCUCUCAUCUGUCUGGGAAGGAGGUAGCACCUUUUUCGGGAAAGGGGUUAGGGAAUAAAGACUGCACCCUACAUGGUCCUGGUGGUGGUGGGGAUAACAGUAAAGCAAUUUGCAACGUUUUAA